AGCGGCCAGCUGUGAAACAACAGUAACGCUCGGUCUCCUGACCUAUACGUUAACUCGCUCGCGUCGGGUCGUCUUCACGGCUCUUUGUUCUGUUGUGUCUAGUGGUCGUCUGUCUGUGUGCCAAAAUGCCGUCAAAUAAUGUAAAAGUGAUCGCUUCAAGCAAACAAGUCACCGCUGAAUCGAAUCGACGCGAAAUUCAGAAUAUGGUCAUGUUAGGUAGCGGUUUUAUGGUUAUGUUUACUGCAUUCAACACAAUGGAGAAUCUAGAGAAACCUUUCUUGGCCAGUGCGACAGAGGAUGAUCCCACAUUCACAGCCGACGGUUACGUGGCUCUCGGGAUCUUGUACUUGUUCUUCGGGAUCUCACUCUGGCUAGCUCCGUCCAUCAUCAGUCUCAUCGGACCGCGCGUUGCUCUAGCUGUCAGCUCUCUAGGCUAUAGUGCUUUUAUCGCCUCUUUCUAUCUCCGGAAGACAUGGCUCGUAUACGGAGGGUCUGUCGUGAACGGGUUGAGUGCUGCCCUCCUGUGGACAGCGCAGGGAAACUACACGAUAUUGAACUCUCGGCCGAAGACAAUCACCAGAAACACAAGUAUAUUCUGGGUCCUCUUCAAGUGUUCGUUAUUUUUUGGAAACGCUUUCGUCUUCUUCAUGUUUCGAGGGAAGACAAGGAUCGAUCACGACACAGGAAACACGGUCAUAGUAGUCUUGUUCGCCAUCGCUGCGUUCGCAACGUUCCUGAUGCUGUUCCUGCGGAAACCCGAGCACGAGAGUCAGAAGAGAGAUGAAGCAUCUCUGUGGGCCUCGAGAGUCUCCUUCAUCGCCGAGGCUGGUCCCAUGGAGGCCUUCACCAGAUCCGUCAGGCUGGCGUUGAAGCCUAGGAUUCUGAUGCUCUGUCCACUGUUUUGUUAUUUUGGAUUCCAAGUGUCGUACCACUCAGGAAUCUAUAGUGCCUGUGUGGGUUUCACCAGAAAUUUGGGCGAAGACAGUAAGAAACUCAUUCCUCUUGUGGGCAUAUUUAUUGGUCUGGGAGAACUUGUCACCGGUUCAAUCCUCAUUUUAAAAGGCACUCACUUUUCAAAGUUCAAGUGGGGAGGUGUGUGGAUAGUAUCCACAGGAUUUGUGGUCCAAGCCACGUGUUUCUUCAUGGUGUUCCUGAACUUGCCAAAUGCUGCCGUGUUUGGUGACACCUAUGACACGGCUAUCUUGACAAGCAAUAUUCCACUCUGCCUCCUGUGUGGCAUGAUGAUUGGUAUUGGAGAUGGUUGUUUCACAUCUCAGAUCUACUCUCUCCUGGAGACGAUGUACCCUAACGACAGUUCUCAGACAGUAGCUCUGUUCAACUUUAUCAAUGCGCUAGCAUCAGCUACCAGUUUCUACAGCAGCACAAUGCUGGGUCUGCACACUCAACUGCUGAUUCUGGUGUUGACCGGGCUGACCGGCAGCAUCGGCUAUGCUGUGGUCACUGCACAGGUGAAGCGUGGGGUCGCCAGUCAGGCGCUCAGCACACACUAACAGUAUUCGUCUCACUUUGUACCGUCGGUGCCAUUUCCUCCAGUCAACAUCUCCAUGGGCGAGCUUAGCUGAACACAUGUUUUGCUGUGAACGUUUUAUUUAAUUUGUUUCUCCAUUUUAAUUUAAAAUAGUUAAUUUAGAGUUGUAUUUAAAAGUUAGGUUAAUUUGUGUUAUUAGGCGGUUCUAUGUCUAGAAUUUUACUUUUAUGACUGAUUGAAAUGACUUUUUGUUAGAAUUUUGGAAGCUCUUUUUAAUGGCUUAAGUUUGAGUUUUUAUUAUAUAAUUUUGUGAUUAUAUUUUCAUAUAUGUUUAACAGGGAAACAUACAUAUAUUUUCUUCCUUAUUUGGCCGCAAACAAUUUUUUCAUUCUUUAUAAAAUUCAGUCCAUAGUGACUUUCUAGUACUGGAAAUUAAUUUUUAAGUAUUAAAAUCAUAUUCACUAGUUCAAGAUGUACUUUUAAGUGCUGAAUUUGUGCACACUUUUGUAUUGCUAGCUCAAAGAUUCCUUCAAUGUUUUAUGUUUAUAAUUUUUGGGAAGAUGUCAACACGCAUGUUAUUUAGUUAAUGUAUCUUAAAAUGAGAAUUUCAAUUUAAAAAUUGAUUUUGGAUGCCUGUCCUUAUGAGGACUCUUUUGAAAAUGUUGAAUACACCAAAAGGCUGCUCCAGUCGAUCGAAACGUAUUCCCAUAAGUUGCUGAGUGUGUUCUCAUCCCAGUCUUUAAGUACAUUCAGAAACUGAAACUUCAGAUCAGCUUUAAAUAUUAGAAAGUUCCAAUAAAACAAUUUUAACGACAGAACACCCUAGAACCGCCAAGUGAGUUUGUGUUGCUCUCCAGUGUGAUCAAACAGCCAAAUACGGACAAACGUUGUCCUGUAAAUAUCCACUUAAGAGUCAGCCGUACUUGAUCUUGGCUUGAACUCUAUAAGAGUAAUGUUAAGCCCCAGACACUUUGACAUUUUAUUUUUAUUAGUAGAAUUAUGGGAGACAUCCCUCUUUCAAUGCUGCAAUUCCUUAUUUAAAUGUACAAAAAGUAUAAACUCUUUGUAUGCAUAUUGAACGUAGCUUAAAAUGAGGCAUCUCUGAUAGUUUCUACA